AUGGCUCUCGUUAUAAAUAUUCUCUCUCUUUUGCUCUUAGUAGUCCUAGUUCGUUCGGAUCAAAGUACGGCGCCUCUUAGAUCCUUCAUGAUAAGUGAAAAUGUAACAUAUGAUUGCAUUGAUAUUUAUAUGCAACCAGGACUUGAUCAUCCCUUGCUCAAAACCCACAAAAUCCAGAUGAAACCAACAGUUUCAAGAACUGAAUUAAAAAAUCAUACUGGUGACGACAAAACAUCUUUUAAGACGAGAAUAGGAUGUCCAACUGGAACUGUUCCUAUCUUGAGAAAUAUAAAAGAAUUCAUUACAACAUCAGAACAUUUCGCCGAUAAAGAUCUACAUCCCUUAUCAGCCGAUAGCCCUGGAACACAUAUUGCUGGAGUAAGGUCACGUAAUGGUCCAUUCCAUGGUGUAGAAGCAUUUUUUGAUGGACAUAAUCUAAACAUCGGAAAAGAUCAAGCCUCGUAUAAUCAAAUAUAUAUAGGCAGUGGAUUAAAUAAUGAGGUCAAUUUUAUCUCAGCGGGUUUGAUGGGUAAAGAUGGAAAAGGAUGUUACAAUACAGCAUGUUAUGGAUUCGUUCAAGUAUCAGAGACAGCUCCCAUAGUCGAACCCAUUGAUUUUUCGCCAGGAAAACCUAGUUGGUUGCACUACUCUAUCCAUCAGGAUAAAAACACAGGAAAUUGGUGGCUUACACAAUUGAGGUCAGACGCACCUAACGAAGAUAUCGGAUAUUGGCCAAAAGAGUUGUUUAAUCUUUUCCAAAAUGGUGCAAAUAUGGUUGGAGUUGGAGGUGUAGUUCAGGCUUCACAUUCUGGUUCAAGUCCUCCAAUGGAGAAAUUCUUAGAUACACUACAAGAAAACAGGGCGGAUUCCGACGGCCAAAACCGUCGGAAAUCCGUUGGAAUAAGCCCUAUUCCGACGGCUUGCCGACGGAUAACUGGAAUCCGUCGGAAAUCCGUCGGAAUCAUUGUCGACGGAUUUUCGACGGCCAGAACCUCCGACGGAUUUCCGACGACCCGUGUCACCGACGGAUUUCCGACGACCCGUGCCACCGACGGAUUUCCGACGACACGUGUCACCGACGGAUUUCCGACGGGCAAAACUUCCGACGGAUUUCCGACGGCAGAAAAUGAGAAUCUGAGAGUCUUUAGCUUCAAGGAAUUGAAGAAAGCAACGAAGAACUUCAGACAAGACAGGGUGGUAAUAGACGGUGGCUCUGUUCGAACAUUCUACAAAGGAUACAUCAAUGAGACCACCUUUGCUCCAUCAAGAAGUGAAACCGAAAUUGCUGUUUCUGUCUUCGAAUGUCCUCAAGAUAGCUCACAGGCUCUACAAGAGUGGAUGGAGAAAGUGAAGUCUCAAGAGGAAAUUUCUCAUCCAAACUUGGUCAAACUUUUGGUUACUCUUGUGAAGAUAACAAAUCAUUUUUCUUGGUUUUCGAAUACUUGCGCCAAGGAAGUUUGGACCGUCAUAUAUUCGGAAGUUAAGAUCCCUUCAAAUUAUUGUCUCCAUUCUUUAAAAUCGGUAUACAAAAUUUUGAUGUUUCUUUCAACAGAAGAAGAGGUGUUGCCAUGGGAAAUACGAGUUCAGAUAGCUAUCCAAACAGCUCAAGGUAUUGCAUUUCUCCACUCGAUCAAAAACAGCUCGAUACAUCAAGAAAUCAGAAUGCAAAACAUUAUUCUUGACGAGCAAUACAAUGCAAAAUUGUUUUAUUGCGAGUUAAACCAAAAUUGUGUGUUAGACAAAAAAGGUCGUCUUGCUGGAGGAUUUGGAUACAUAGCUCCUGAGUUGGCAAUGACAGACCACAUUGGAAUGGAGGGCGAUGUUUACACAUUUGGUGUGAUCUUACUUGAGCUCUUAACUGGUCUCAAAGCUUUUGAUACAGACAGGAAUAAGGCCAAGCGAAACUUGGUUUUUUGGAGUAAAUCUUUCUUGUCUGAUAAAGACAAAAUCCGAGAAAUAAUCGAUCCACGACAUGGGAACGACUAUCCUGCGAAAGCAGCGAGACGGAUGGGGCAAGUCAUCAAAUGGUGCAUCCAGCAGGACAAAAGGAAUCGACCAAUGAUGCAACAAGUUUUGAUGGGUCUGAAUAUUAUUGCAAAGACGAAGGAUUGA